AUGUCCCACAGCCGCAGCGGCUGUCCGGGGCAGCCUGGCACCGUGCCCGUGCCAUGGAGCCAGCUCGUCUCUGUGGGGCCCCAAGCCCUCCAAGGGUGCCGGGGCACUGAGCCCUGCGUGUUCGGUGCGGGAACAGGAGGCCCCACCCCAGGGCGGUUGCUGACGCCACGCCAGGACCCGGGUGUCCGGGAUCAGAGCAGGAAGCGGGAGCCGGCGGCGGCGGCGGGGCCCGUGGAGCCAGGAGAGAGGCUCUCCUGCUGGUGCUGGUGGUGGGAUCGGCGGGUGGCCGUGGGGACCCUCGCGACACCCUGGCCUGCUCCCAGGUGGGUUGGUGUCAGCAGCGCACAGGCCUGGGGCACCUGGCACCACCACCGGCCUCACCCCUGCCUCCCCCAGGGCCUCACCUGCCGCCUCUUGGACACCGAUGUGCUGUGCGGGACAGAGCCCCCGGGGCCCAGGCACGGGCUGGCCCUGGCUCGUCUGCGGCUGGAGCCGGCACUGCGCUGCACCGAGCCCAUGGCCUGUGUGCCCUGCCUGGAGGCACGAGUGCGCCUGGCCUUGCCACCUGCCACCAGCACCGCCACCGAGUCGCGCCUCUCCGUGCAGCCAGGCACCUCUGGGACAGAGGAUAGCGGUGAUGGGGGACAGUGGUCACCAGUGACUGGGGUCGCCUCGUCCCAGCCCAACGUUACUGGGCUGCUGCUCCUCUCUGGGCACGCAUACACCUCAUCCCGCUGCGUGGCCGUGGAGGUCUGGGCAUCCUCGGGCCCCACGCUGCGCGGCCAAACCGUGGGUUGGGUGAUCUUCCGGUGCUUCGAGGCGCCGCUGGGCUCCAAACUCCACAUCUCAGCAUACAUGAACUCAUGGGGCCGGCAGAGGCUGAGCCAGCAGCAGCAGGUGCCAGACUGUUCGUGGCCUGCAGCACAGGCUGCUGUCCCCCAGUGCCAAGUGCCCAGGCUGCGGGUCUCCCCGGGGCAGAAGGAGGUGGUUGUGGAGGUGCAGGGGGCUGCAGUAGGGCACAGCUACACACUCCGGCUCUACCACAACCGUAGCCAUGGCAGCAGUGGGCCGGGGCGUGCAGUGACCACGCGGAGCAGUCCCAUGAACUUUGUCCUGCCUGCCGAUGAGGUGCUGCCCUGCCUCUGCCUGCAGGUCUGGCUGGAAACCCAGGACCCACUACGGGCCACCCUGUGCCCCUUCUCUCAUGAUGCCGAGGCCUGGGAGCGACUGUGGGCGCAGAGCCGGCUGGUCCUGCACGUUGAGGGGCAGGUGCUGACCUGCUCCCUCUCAGCCCCCUGCGACCUCCUGGCUGAGCUGGUGCCCUGCUGGCAGCCAGUGCCCUCCGGGCCCUGCCAACCCCUCCCUGGCCUGCAGCAGCCUGCUGGGGGGCAGGGACCCCAGGAGUUUGGAGGGCUGCGGCCACACCCCAACCUCUGCGUGCAGGUGUGGAGCAGUGGGCAGGUCCGGCUGACCCAGUGCCUGCGGGACCGAGCGCUGCCCGGCCGCCCUGAUGACCUCCUGCUGCUGGAACAUGGGAAUACCUCACUGUGUGCCGUAGAGCGGGGUGCCUGCACACCCCUUGCCAGCUUCACCAGCACGGGAGCAGGGCACCCUGGGCUGCUGGAGCAGGAGCUGCAGCAGGAUGUGGCAGUAGGACAGUGCCAGCAGCUGUGGCACCCACUGAACAGCACUGGGGUUGCACUCUGGGCCUGUCCCCUGCAGAAGUAUCUGCGUACCCACUGGGCACUGGUGUGGAUGGGGGUGCUGUUGGGGGCCACCUGUCUCCUGCUGCUGCUCUUGGUGAAGAAGGAGGACAUGAAAGGUGAGUGGUGCACUUCUGGGGGCUGUGCCUGGCCUGGGACCCCUUCUGGGACCUCACUGCCUCUCCUCCCCGCAGGAUGGCUGAAAUCCCUGAGGGCUGGCUAUGGCUCCAGGGGUCCACUGCACGGCCGGCGGGCACUGCUGGUGCACGCAGCAGAGCCGGUGGCAGAGCGGGCAGCAUGUGCCUUGAUGGCAGCUCUGCACUCACUGGGGCUGACAGUGGUGGCAGCGCCGGGGGGUGGCAGCGGGGUAGCGGCUUUGGGGCCACUGCCCUGGCUGCACGCCCAGCACCACCGGGCACUGCGUGACAGUAACACCAUCAUCCUGCUCCUCUCUCCGGCAGCCGUGGCUGCUGCACACCAGUGGGACACCGGGGCCAGGGUUGUGCCAGAGUCCGGGGCCGCUGAGAGCAGCCUUGGGCCCCGGCACAACCCUGGCCCUGAUGAUGUCCCCACUGUGGCGCCCUGCGAGGUGUUUGCGGCGGCUCUGUCCUGUGCCAUGCCAGUGCUGGCGGCGGCCAGUGCUGGUGGGCACUAUGUGGUGGCCCGGCUGGAGACCUCGGUGCCAGCAGUGCCCCCAGCACUGCGGGCAGCCCCUGCCUUCGCACUGCCCAGCGAGAUGGAGGCGUUCUUGCAGGCACUGGCAGGACCAGCUCGGCAGAGGGGCCGGUGGCUAGAGCCAUAUGUGGCGGUGGUGGCUGAGGCUCUGCAGCGAGCAGUAGGGGAAUAAAGGGGUGACAGUACUUUUGCUGAGUGUGAGUCCAG